AUGGUAGUGGACACAGAUCUUUACAGCACUCUCAGGGGUGAGCUGAUCAGUUUAGCCAAACAAUGUGACCUGCCAGUGAGAAAGGUGGAGAGGUGGUUCCGGCGCCGGAGGAAUACCGACCGACCAAGCCUGUCGAAGAAGUUCUGCGAGGCCUGCUGGAGGUUUGCAUUUUACAUCGUUUCUUUCUUCACUGGGCUGGCUGUACUGUAUGAUAAGCCUUGGCUUUGGGACCAUAGAGAGUGCUGGACAGGUUACCCACAACAGCCUCUCCAGCCCUCUCUGUUCUGGUACUACAUGCUGGAGCUUUCCUUCUACUGCUCACUGGUCUUCACCUUGCCUUUUGAUGUGAAGAGAAAGGACUUCAAGGAGCAGAUAGUCCAUCAUGCUGCAACCAUCUUCCUGAUCAGUUUCUCGUAUUGUGCCAAUUACAUCCGCAUUGGGACACUGGUGAUGGUGAUUCAUGAUGCUUCCGAUUGCUUCCUAGAGCCAACUAAGAUAUUCAAUUACAUGAAGUGGAAAAAAACUUGUGACAGCCUCUUUAUGAUCUUCUCAGCUGUUUUCCUCAUCAGCCGCCUGGUCAUUUUCCCCUACACAGUGCUCUAUAACACCUACUACUACUCCAUGGAGAUAUUCCAGCCCUUCUUUGGAUACUACUUUGUGAAUGCUCUCCUCAUAACUCUACAGUUGCUUCACAUCUUCUGGUCCUGCCUCAUUAUUCAUAUGGUCUACAAGUUCAUGCUCCAGGGCACGAUGGAAAAGGAUAUGAGAAGUGAAACAGAAGAGAGUGAUGUGGAUGAAGAAAGAGAAAACAUGGAAAAGGAGAAAAAUGGGAUCGCACAUUUCAGCAAUGUCACGAGCAGCAAUUACAUCCAGAGGAAUGGGUCUGAGCCACUGAACAACAGAGCCCAUCUCACCAAUGGCCACAUCAAGGAAAGAUAGCCCUCUUUGUGUCUGCCAUGAAUCCGGUCCACCAUCUUUAGAAGCAGUUUUGCUUGUUGUAUAAAUACAAAAGAUUGCAAUUGCAGUAUCAUAAGUGAAUUCCUUUUUAUUGCAAACAGAAUUGUGUACAGUCAGUGAUAUUUGAGGGAAGUUUUUGGUCUUUCUUCAACAUAAGUUUUCUAUAGGUUGUAGCCUUGAGGCAAAUAGAAAGGGAUCAAAGUGGUUUGACUUGAAUUAGACAGUACCAUAGCAAUUGUUAAAUGUGUUAAUCCUGAAAAAUACUCAGAACAGUGGAUGAACUUUGGCAAUGUCACGUCUUAACUGCCUAAUGCUGCUUGAUAGGAAUCUAUUUGGAACGGCCUCUGGAAGCCAUAGCCCACUGCCACUAAUGACUAUGGACAGCAAGUGUGAAACUCUAAACCUUCAUACAGGGACACCUCCUUCAAGAGCGUAAGUGCCCCAUAAAUACUCAUAACAUUGAAACUGUGUAUAGUGCAAUAAAAGCUUUGGAAAGAUACAGGAGAAAACAUUUUCUUACAGGAAAUGCUGCUCGUGUGCCAUGUGACUGGUUUUGUAAUAGUAUGGAUCUCAGUCCCUUCUGUUAUCAGCAUUGUUGCCUCAAAGGGGGGGAACUCCAAAGGCUGUAAUGAAGAGAGUUCCCACCCAGAUCAUGGUUGUAGGGGCUAGAAAAUCCAAGCAGUUGUGUCUCAACUGUCAGAUAAUCAAUUAAUCCUAUCUUGGAAAGUAACACUGUCGGGAGAAGAGAGGGAACAAGGAAAUUGAUAUUCUAGAAGAC